CUUGUGAAGUGUCCAGUGAGCAGGCAUGAAGAUAUUACUAAUUUUUGGGGCCGUUGCGGUUUUCUCCAUUGAGGCUAGGAGAUUGAGGGUGAGACCAGUUGCGGCACAGGAAGAAGCAGAAGAACAACAACAGGUUGAAUACUACGCUGAACAAGAAGAAGACAAUGGUCCGAUAUUGAUCUCCAGACAAGAUGCUUACGGAAGGCCAAAUGGACAGCAGAGAUAUCAGCCUAAACCCAAGCCCGUCGCACCAAGAGCUCCACCUGUACAAACCAUCAGAAACUAUAACAAGCUGAACGAUGAUGGCUCUUUCACGUUCGGCUAUGAAGCAGCCGACGGAAGCUUCAAGGAAGAGACCAGAGGAACUGAUUGUGUAGUCAGGGGCAAAUAUGGUUACAUCGACCCGGACGGUAACAAAAGAGAGUUUACUUAUGUCUCCGGAAACCCUUGUGACCCCAACGCAGUCCAGGAUGAAGAAGAACAACCUGAAGUCGAAUCUGGAGAAGAAAAUAUUCCAAAAGGUUUGCCCAAUAUACCCAAGAGACCAAUCAAACCAUUGAGGCCAAUAAAGCAGGGUAACCCAACCACACUUUUCCAACAGCAGUACAAUAUGGAUGAGGAAGAGGAAAAUAUUCCUAGAGCUAGGCCUAUCCCCACCACUCCCAGGCCCGUCGCCAUUCAGCCCAGACCUACCCCACAUCCACAAUUACAGCAACAACCUUCACCAGUUCCUGGUUUCUCUGUCCCAUCAUACUCUCAGCUGGAGGAGCACGCACAGCAGCAGGUGUUCAGAACUCCCACCCCUAGGCCUAAACUGCUCACCCCAACUCCUGCCAGGCAAUCCGUCUCCAUCACACCCCGACCACAGCAAUACGCUCAGGCUCAUCCUCCGGCCACCACCUACCGCCCACAAUACACUGCCACCCCCACGCCCAAACCAAGGCCUUCACCCAUUCCACAGUCCAUCAACCUCGACGAUGAGCUGAAGAGCUUCCAGCUGGAGCACAAUGUAGUCUCUACACCAGCUCCUAGGCCAGCCAAGCCUUCCGGUACAUCUGAACCUAUCUAUACAUCUGAGCUUAUCUUCGAUCCCAACUCCGGUCAGUACAACACUGUGGUUUACCAGCAGCUGCCACAAUCCGGAGGAGACUUCAACCUCAGAGGCAGACUCCAGCCGUUCGUGGCCCCACACCAACAGCCCAUAUACAGACCAGCUCCUGCUCCACAGCCCAGACCCAACUCAUACCCAAGUCAGCAAGCACUCUUCCAGUCGCAGCAAGCAGCCCUCAUCCAGCAAUCGCAGCAGUUGUUCGCCCAGCAGCAGAGGAGACAGCAGGAGCAGGGCAAGCGUGUCCCCACCGGCCUUCUACAACAGGAGCCUCAAAGGUUCUCCCCCGCACCAAAGCCUUAUCAGCCUUUCUACUUCGUGACUCCUGAUGGCGAGAGAACGUCACUCGCCAAUGGCCAAAUAGACGCUUUCCUCAGGGGACACAGUGUCGCCUUGUAGAAGUAUUUAUUGACCUGCAACCUUCGCACCAAAUAUAUAUCAUACUACGGACAGCUCGUCUACAUUUUGUGAUCAGCAUCGAAGUCUCACAUCAUUAAAUUAUUGCAUGGUGAACACAUGCGAUUUCAUAACUGUAACCAUUUGAAAUGAUAUUGAAAUAUCUACAUAUUAAGCUUCCCUAGUAUGCUGAACAAUAGCAAUGACAGGUAAUAAUAAUUUUAAGUAAGGCGUUGCAACAACUAUUUAUAUGCCAGUGCCCGAGACAGCUACAGCGAGCGGGCUCUAGUCGACGAGAACCCGGCAGGCUCCACCGAGCCAAACAAAAGCCAUUGUAAUUUAUUGUACUCUUGUAAUUUUAAGUCCAAUCUACCUGUAUUGUAUAGUUUGUAAGUCCUUAGUACUAGUAUCCCGAUGUAGUUGCCAAAUCCUUGCGAUUUAUUAUUGCUGACAAAAAUUGUUAAUAUAUACAUGUGUGUAUUCUUUUUUUUUUACUUGUAAUAAAGUUAUUUCUAUUCGUUCAAUGAUUUUCAUCCAGACCAUGACUAGUUUAUAUUUA